AUGGCACUCAAAUACUCAACGGGACAGCUCUCAAAGAGCUUGUCCAAGGCGACGUCCUCGGCCCGCCAUGGUGCCUCUCCUCUGGCACUCGCUCUACCGAAGCUACCGACGCCUCAAUUGAGGUCUAUGGCGACUGUUCCACCUGUCACCCAGAACUCCGUCGGAUCCAAGGGCCCUACAGCAAUGGUAUUCCUCAAUAUGGGCGGGCCUUCAACAACUGAUGAAGUGGGCGAUUUUCUGAGCCGACUAUUUGCAGAUGGUGACUUGAUUCCCCUUGGACGUUACCAGAACUACCUUGGCCCUUUUAUUUCGAAACGACGAACCCCCAAGAUCCAGAAGCAAUAUGCAGAAAUCGGUGGCGGCUCGCCCAUUCGCAAGUGGUCUGAGUACCAGAAUGCCGAAAUGUGCAAAAUUCUUGACGAGAUCUCCCCCGAGACGGCGCCGCACAAGCCUUAUGUCGCAUUCCGAUAUGCGGAUCCCUUGACCGAGGAGAUGUACAACAAGCUGCUGGAGGAUGGAUUCGGAAACGGAAAGGGCGGAAGAGCUGUUGCAUUCACUCAAUAUCCCCAAUACUCGUGCUCGACCACGGGAAGCAGUAUCAAUGAACUGUGGAAGUGGCGACAACGUCUUGAGGGCAAGGCGGCAAAGGAUGCCACGCCAGGUGACGGCACUAUUUCUUGGAGUGUGAUUGAUCGAUGGCCAGUUCACCCUGGUCUAGUCGAGGCCUUUGCACAGAACAUCGAGGCCAAGCUUCUGGAGUACCCCGAGGAGAGACGGAAGGAUGUUGUUCUUCUUUUCUCCGCUCACAGCUUGCCUAUGUCAGUGGUGAACAGAGGCGAUCCUUACCCUGCCGAAGUUGCCGCCACUGUCUACGCCGUCAUGCAGCGCCUCAAGUUCUCCAACCCUUACCGCCUAUGCUGGCAAUCUCAGGUUGGCCCUUCUGCGUGGCUCGGCCCCCAAACCUCUGACUCUGUCGAAAACUACAUCCACAAGGGUCAGAAGGACCUGGUCCUCAUCCCUAUCGCAUUCACUUCAGACCACAUUGAGACUUUGUACGAGCUGGAUUUGGAAGUUAUCGGAGACUCUGGACACCCUGACACGGUUAAGCGUGUCGAGAGUUUGAACGGAAGCCCAGUGUUCAUUAAGGCCCUGGCCGAUAUUGCCAAAGCCCAUCUCAACAGUGGAAUUGCUUGCUCACCACAGAUGGAGCUUCGGUGCCCCGGCUGCAAGAGUGAGCGUUGUGCCGAGUCAAAGAAGUUUUUUGCGGGUCAACAAACGAAGCUCUUUGGAGCUCAAGAGAAGAUUCUGGCGCAUUAA